GCGGACCGAGCCCCGGUGUGUGUUUCGGAUGGCAGAAGUCGGCGCACGGAGUGACAGCUCGGCGGGUUUCGGGAUGUCGCGUCUCUCCGGAGGAACAGUCCGCUCGAACACGACCGACCUUCCGGACAGCUGGAUGAGCGGCACCGACAGGGGGUCCCAAGGGCGUUUUUAGCCUUUCUCGCACAACGUGGGUUCGUCGCUGACCUGGAUGGUCCUCCUUUGCUCGAGUGUCACCGCGCGCCGGUGCGACGAUGUCCAUUGCUGUCAGUGUGCAGGUUAGGUUCGAGUUCACGCUGAUUGUUUACGUAUCCGAGCAGGACGGAAGACGUCAAAUGGGACUGUAUAAAACAAAUGACGCCCCUUUAGAAAAUAUCCGUUUCUAUUAAUAUUAUCACUCUCAUUAUUAUUGUCGCGUUAUAUUGUUAUUAAGAUGGUCGCAUCUACAUAGGGAAUCAUUGGGCCUUCCUCGUCUACUGUAGGUUGAUCACUGACAGCAUUUCGCACCUUGAUGGUUUCUGUCUUUCCUAAAGAAGUCGUGGACAUUUAAAAACCUUCGCUACGAGACAAUCGAUCGGUAAUCCGACACCGCCAUGCGUGCUCUUGGGGGCAACGGGAUAUAUGAAUGCCGGCGUCCUUUAACCCUCUCCGGGUGAAGAAUAGUUUCCCCUUUUCACCCGAGGACUCUUGCCCAUCUCAAAUGUAGCCCGGCAGGGACGACUGAACCAGCCCGCUGCGCGGAGACGGAGGCCCGGGUUCGUUGCGCUCACACUCGGGCUGGAUGCUGAACAUGGUGCCACUUUGCAGCUCUGCGUUGAAUACACGCCGCCGGCGUGUUUCUGUAAUUCCCCAGCUGUCGUAAAAAGAAAGAAUGGACGGGCUGUUUUUGGAUAAAGGCUAUUCGUGGACGUUGAACCGGCUCAUGCUUGCGGGAUUCAGCCUGGACCGGCUCCUCGGGAUGUAGGGCGAGCAUACACGCGGAUGUUCCUCCCUGCGAUCACGGAGAUGGCUGGCGGGGGGAAGUGCACCUACUCCGGGCUGCUUGAGAAAUAACCAGGACUCGCUUGAUCAGAGGAUAUCACUUAGCUCGACCACACGCUGCUGUCUUUAUUGGCAGCCUAAAUUGUUCAUAUUCCAGAGUGAUAUUAUUCAGUUGCGUCUCUGUGGCCCUCAGAGUCAAGACACCACUCCUCAAUGGGCUUAUAUUAAGGUUUUGUCUUUAAAGGGACAGCAUUGAAAACUAUUAAUCAUAAACAUGGAUUUGUGUUCAGUGUGGAUGAACUCUGCUUCAACAGCAAUAACAGGACAUUGUUAUUAUUGAUUCAUAAACGCAGCACUUCGCCCACUGAUCAGGAAUCCGACUGGAAGGAUUUCUUCGAAACAACAAAUACUCCACGUCCAACUCUCCACAAAAACCCAAUAGAGGAAACAAUCAAUGAGUUUUGGGGAUGUCACACUCAUAGAGUGUCAUUGUUUGACCUGAUGCACAUUAUCCCUGAGUGAACUUGCCUUUGGGAAUACAUGUUACUUACCCGCUGCCUAGCAACAGCACAGCAGCGACCGGGGACAGGAUUUGGCACGGUUUCAACAGUGAGACGUGGUGAUGGGGGAGAGCAGUUGCAGCUCUCUGAUCCUCUGAUCCCCUCUCCCGCCUCCCCACUGCUGGUGGAGGACGUCUCGUCUCUGUCAAUGGGACAUGUAAGGAUUUUGUGCUUGAGUUGAACGGGGGCAGGCCUACAGCGUCAAACAGCAGUCAGCCUGCCAUGAACCCAUACGGCAGAGCGAGCAGCAUGGCAGCCCCUCUGUCCUGUACCAGCUGUGGGGGCUGCUGCUCACCGCCUCCCCCUCUCCUAAUCCCGCCCGGCCCCCCCUCAUCCACUACCUCCUCCUCCUCCUCCUCCAUGCCCCCGAAUAUGACCCCGCCGCCGCCGAUGUGCUCUGCCCCGGGAGUGCAGGCAGAGAACGGAAGCAGCUGGACCUCCUCCGCCAUCUCCUCCUCGGGCUCCCCGGACUCCCACCCUGGUCACCGCUGUGCCGCCAACAACCCCAACCCCUACUGGACGGCAGUGUUCGACUACGAGGCCACGGCAGACGAGGAGUUGACCCUGCGGCGCGGGGAUCUCCUUGAGGUUCUCUCCAAAGACUCCAAAGUGUCUGGGGACGAGGGUUGGUGGACAGGAAAGAUCCAGGACAAGGUGGGUAUCUUCCCAUGUAACUACGUCACCAGGGGGGAUGCCACCAACUACCGGCAGCUGACCGUAGGAGGGCUGGUGGCAGGCGGGGUCGGCGAUUGCCCGUUGGAAAUAGACUUCUCCGAACUGCUUCUGGAUGAGGUGAUCGGAGCCGGUGGGUUUGGGAAGGUGUACAAAGGAGUAUGGCGGAGAGAGGAAGUAGCAGUAAAGGCCGCCAGGCAAGACCCCGAUGAGGAUAUUAGCGCCACGGCAGAGAGCGUGCGUCAGGAGGCCAGGCUCUUCUGGAUGCUCCGGCACACCAACAUAAUCUCUCUGCAUGGAGUCUGCCUGCAAGAACCCAACCUGUGCCUGGUAAUGGAGUACGCCAGAGGGGGGGCUCUGAACCGAGCGCUCGCCGGCAAGAAGGUGCCCCCGAGGGUUCUAGUGAACUGGGCGGUCCAGGUCGCCACAGGGAUGGACUACCUGCACAACCAGGCCUUCGUACCUAUCAUCCACAGAGACCUCAAGUCCAGCAAUAUCCUCAUCCUGGAGCCGGUGGAGCGGGAGGACCUGGGAGGGAGAACGCUGAAGAUCACGGACUUCGGUCUGGCCAGAGAGUGGCACCAGACCACCAAGAUGAGCGCGGCGGGGACCUACGCCUGGAUGGCCCCCGAGGUCAUCAAGGUCUCGCUCUUCUCCAAGAGCAGCGACGUGUGGAGUUUCGGGGUGUUGCUGUGGGAGCUGCUGACCGGCGAGGUUCCCUACCGGGAGAUCGACGCACUGGCGGUCGCCUACGGCGUCGCCAUGAACAAGCUCACGCUUCCCAUCCCGUCGACGUGCCCCGAACCUUUCGCUCAGCUGCUGGGAGAGUGCUGGAGCCCGAACCCCCGCAGCCGGCCCUCCUUCACCAACAUCCUGAAACGACUGCAGGCCAUCGAGCAGUCGGCCAUGUUUCAGAUGCCUCUGGAGUCUUUUCACUCCUUACAGGAAGACUGGAGGCUUGAGAUCCAGCAGAUGUUUGACGAGCUCAGGGCCAAAGAGAAGGAGCUGAGGUCCUGGGAGGAGGCGUUGGCUCGAGCAGCUGAGGAGCAGAGGGAGCAGGAGGAGCAGCUCAAGAGGAGGGAGCAGGAGCUGGCAGAGAGGGAGAUUGACAUCGUGGAGCGAGAGCUGAACAUCAUCAUCCACCAGAUGUACCAGGAGAAGCCCAGCGUGAAGAAGCGAAAAGGACACUUCAAGAAGAGCAGAUUACUGAAACUGGGCAGAGACAGCAACUGCAUUAGUCUGCCCUCUGGGUUCGAGCAUAAGAUCACGGUUCAGGCGUCUCCCAGUGUGGACAAGAGGAAAACUCAGGGCAGCGAGAGCAGCACCCCGCCUGCCAGCCCGGGGGUCAUCCCCCGACUCAGGGCCAUAAGACUGACGCCCAGCGACGGCAGUAAGACGUGGGGGCGCAGCGCUGUGUGUAAGAAGGAGGAGCUGUCCACCAGCAAGAAGAAAGGACGCACCUGGGGGCCGAGCUCCACCAUCCAGAAGGAGCGGGUCGGCGGGGAGGAAAAAUUGAAGUCGUUGGGGGAAGGAUGCAAAGUCUGGUCGUCCAGUGCACCAAAUCUGGGCAAGUCCCCCAAACACGCACCCAUGACUGCCGGCUUCUCCAGCCUCAAUGAAAUGGAGGAGUGCUCUGAGUUUGAGGAGUCACCGGGGUCCCUGCUGCCCUCAGAGACCAGCAGUAACGGGGCGGCCGAGGACUCGGGGUCCCCGUGGGGCAACCUGGGGCCAAACCCCGUGCCUAAUGUUGGGAACGCGAGCAACCAGGACUCACUGCGUCGCUGCAGCCAGAGGAAGAAGAGCGAUAUGCUUCUGCUGGGUUGCGCCUCUCUGCUCGCGUCUGUCGCCCUCGGACAAGACCUGCUGCAGCUGGGAAAACUUCAGGUUCUCCAGGAUGAGCAGGACCACAGAGAGGAGCAGCGUAAGAAGAAGGAAGGUCUCUUCCAGCGGACGGGACGCUUCCGUCGCAGCACCUCUCCACCCAGCCGAAACCUCUCCCUCUCCCUCUCCCUCUCCAGACACCACGACUCUACGCUCCCCUCUUUGGACCCAUCUCCCUCUGUGACCCUCCUCUCUUUGUCCUCCCUGUCUGAUUGCAACUCCACCAAGUCCCUCCUUCCCUCCGACCCGGACGACUACCCCCUGACCCCCGUGACGGGGCUCAAAACGCCGGCGGCGCCCCCGGCUCCCGCCCUCAACCCGCUCUUGGACCUGCGGGCGGAGAGCUUCAAGAAGGCGCCCAACCAGUCGCUUACGCCCACGCACGUGUCUGCAGCGAUGGCCCUGAACAGAGGGCACAGACGGACCCCUUCGGAAGGGGCGAUACGACCCAGGGCUCAAACUCUGGGUCACCACAGGACGCCGUCGGAUGGGAGCAUGCCCAUGCCGCCUCCCCCGGGGGCCCCGCGCAUGCGUGGUAACAAAGGGACACAGGACAUCCUGGACAUCCCCCGCCUGCCCGACCCCUCCAUCAUCUUCCCGGUCCCACAGAGGCGUAAAGGCCCCGCUCCGCCCAUCCCUGACAAGGUUCCUUUCUGCCUCAUCGGCCCUCUGGAGAGACCCAAGACGCUGGAGUUUGCUCCCCGGCCUCGGCCCACUCCGGCCAAGAUGAGAGCCGAACCCCGGAAGCUGGGCUCCGUCUCGCGGACCCUCAGCUCGUCGCCGGGCAGCAGCUGUGACAGCCCCCUCGGCUCGGGGGACAGCGGCGCCGGCACCGCGCGACCAAACCUGAUGGACAUGGACGUGGAGGGCCAGAGUUCGGACCAGACCGUCCCCCUGUGUGGACAGCGGAAGCUUGCCGCUCUGUUGAGACAGCAGUACUACUAGUGGACGACUGCCAUGUCUACUGAUAUGCAUUCAACUCUCUUCCAGGACUUCAGAGCUUGAUGCCGAAGAAGCUGACGUCCGAGCCAAACAAAGUGGACUCACUGAAGUUUGCAAAAACAUCCCACCACACGUCACGUUUUUUGCACUAACCGGAAGCCAGUCCUCUGAUGUGUCCCUUUAGCGUCCUAAUAAGGUGUGAAACCCUCACAGCAAGCCUUUCCCCCGAUAGUGCUCUCUAACCUGCACGGCACUGAGGGUCCUGGAGGCCUUUUAAAAGCCUUGUGGUGUGCUCAUCCACCUACCGUACCCAACACUCCUUUCCCUCCUUGGAAGCCACGUCUCCCUGCUUCUCAGCGCCCCGUGACAAGGACACGCUCACGACCUUCAAAAGCCAUUCAAUUACUUAAAAAGCCACUUUGCUAUCUUUUCAUCCUCGUCUGCGUGUGCGUUUGCCUGUCUGUGUAGCUGCCCACUUUCUGCUUCUGCUCUCAUUCCAAAGAAAAAAUAAAUCUUCAUUCACAUUUCACCUGAAACGUUUCAGGAAAACACUGGACUGUUUAAAAUUCUUAAUAGAGAGUGUCUUCGUUCUUAUUUUGCGUUCUGCCGGAGCCCAAACGUUUCCCAUAAACUCUGCCUUCAUCCUCACAUGAGACAUCUCUCUGCAUGGGGGUCAUUGUCUUCUCCCCUCAAAGAAGAGACAGGAAAAAAGCCUUUUAUCUCGCUGCACCGAUGGACCGGUUUCAUCCUUAUCAUGUACGGAAAGAAACUAACAGAGUCUAUUUCCACAGUGCAGGCAUCAUCCCAAGCAACCUGUCCACAUCAUGUUUUCUAUUGGUUUGGCAGACCAGGUGUGUUUCUCUCUGUGUGAAUGUGUAUAUACAAUACUGUACAUGGGUUCAUCUCUUUGCGUGCUGCUGCUUCUUCAAUGCAUGUUGCUUUUUUUUUGUUUUGUGUGUGAAUGGUUCGCUGAAGGACGAGUGCAGCGCUUCUCCAAAAUAACGUCUCAUCCGUUUUCUCUUUUGCACGUUUUACAUUCCUCACUCGCGGUCAGUAGCACCCUAUGUGGAUCACGCAAAACAAGUGAACGCUGAGGGAUAAUGCUCCCUGAUUUCAACAUCCACCUCAUGUGGGCCCGUUGCUUUAUAUUCUCCUCUGACCAGUUGCCUCCACCAGUGGCACGUUGGGAGCUGUGUUGUGCAGCUGGUCAGCCUCUCUGUGGACCAGUGGACGGACAAAUCGACUUUUAUCUUCGCACAGCGGUCGAAAGGUUUGUCUCGGCUGCAGGUUGUAUUUUACUUGAGUGUGUAUGUCUGUGCGUGUGUGUGUGUGUGCGUGUACGUGUGUGUGUGUGAGAGUGAAAAUGCGUGUUUGUGUUAAUAUUUGUAUGGGACGAUGACAAUCCCGUCAGAGUGAGCCCAAACUCAUUCUCCUCGUGUGGUUAAGACAACACUGAGUAUUUAUUACAUUUAUUGUUAUUAUUGGAAAAGAUUCAUUGACAUUUCGAUUCUCUUCCUGGGAUAUUUGUAUAUAUUUGUUAAUACAACAAGGAAAGAACCUGCUUACAGAAACGUCCAUGUUGUCAACCUGUGACAUUGCUGGUUUCAAUGAGGAAAAACUGAAACGUGAUGAAUGAGAGAUGAAUAAAACAACUAAGAAAUAUGCUACAGUGUCAGU